AUGUAUCAUCUGGAGGUGUCUCAUUCCUGCGUUUUUGUGCAAGUGCUUGUGAGGAACCUCUGCGCACUGAAGACGCUCAAGUUCUACCAGGAAGAGUGCGACUUGCGAAAUGCCUGGUUCGAGAUCUGUGACCAGGUCGUGUCACUGCAGGGCGUGGCUCCCCCGAAGAACUCCGAGUGCUAUUCUUACCGGCAGCAUCUGCAAUCUCUCCAUGUGCCCUUCGCCGCCUACUUCGCAGAGAAGCUAGACGGCUUUCGCGCGAUCUUCUUCGAACACCAGCUCCAGAAGAUGGAUCCAGAGAAUCCGGCGCUGAAGGAUUUCCGGCUGGCGAUGGAGGCGGCCAUUCCUGACCAGUGGAUGGAGCUCUUGCGGCAGCACCGGCAGGCGUACGUCAAUGACCUGGCAGUGUUGAAGCUGACGGCGGUGCCCCUUCCCCAGAGUGAGCAGCUCCGGAUUCUUCAACCCAUCUUCCAGGAGCAAUCUGCUUUUGAAGACUGGGGGGUACCGGAGAUUCAUCAGUUCUUGUGGUGCCACCAGGGCACCCUGCAGGCAGUGCUGCGGCAACUUGCGGCCGUCCCAACUCAGCUCAGAAAUCUCGAAGGUUUCAUGGCCUCUAUGAUCGGGCAGGAGCGGCACUUGGUGACGUCAGACAUGACGAAGUUGAUGCACCUGGUCACAGAUCACGCCUGUUCCGCAUUGCAUCCUUGUGCCGAAACUCUAGAUACCACCAACGCGGGCUGGCUCCCCAAUGCCCGGCGUGUGCUUGCAGCAGCACGAAGCGCCCUGGAUUGCGCCCCACAGCACUCCGCAACACAGCCUGUCAGCGUGAGUGCCUUGAGCAUCAUGGUGGAAGUCAGCCAACGGCUUGAAACGGAUGUGACCGAAUUCUGGCGAUCGGUGAUGUUGGAAGCACCAAUCAAGCGUCCAGUGGCGUUGCAGCAACUUGUCGAGCGCUUGUUGCAGGGUGCCCAAGCCCACAUGGACCAGAGCAGUCUGCAGCAUCUGCAGCUCUCCACCUACCAGCAGCUUAUUCCCCAUGGUGUUCCUGGGCUCUUGUUCAGGAAUGUAAUUUAA